ACGCAUUUUGCGCUUGUUGGUCAAAACAAGUGUGCGGAAGAUGGCGACGGACGGAGGCACUGACAGCGGCUCACACAGCAUGGAUAAAAGCAUAACGCUUCCUCCGGAUGAAAUCUUUCGGAAUUUGGAAAAUGCCAAGAGGUUCGCAAUAGAUAUAGGUGGCUCGUUGACAAAACUGGCAUAUUACUCCACUGUACAGCACAAAGUGGCCAAAGUGAGAUCAUUCGAUCAUACAACCAAGACAAACUUUCAGAACGAAACAGAUGGAGACCCGCUGUACGAGAUCUCGGUCCAGGAGGAGAUCACGGCUCGGCUCCACUUCAUCAAGUUCGAGAACCGGUACAUCGAAACCUGCCUGGAUUUCAUCAAAGACCACCUGGUGAACACGGAAACCAAAGUUAUCAAGGCUACAGGAGGAGGAGCUUACAAGUUCAAAGACCUGAUUGAGAAGAAGUUAAAACUCAAAGUGGACAAAGAGGACGAGAUGUCGUGUCUUAUCAAGGGCUGUAAUUUCGUGCUGAAGAAUAUCCCUCACGAGGCUUUUGUUUACGCAAAGCACGCCGACCCGGAGUUUCGCUUCCAGAACACACACCCAGACAUCUUCCCUUAUCUUCUGGUUAACAUCGGCUCUGGAGUUUCCAUUGUCAAGGUGGAAUCGGAGGACAAAUUUGAGCGCAUUGGCGGAAGCUCUAUCGGUGGUGGGACGUUCUGGGGUCUUGGAGCUUUGCUUACAAAGACCCAGAGAUUUGAUGAGCUUUUGCAGUUGGCCUCUAAGGGACAGCACACCAGCGUGGACAUGUUGGUUAAGGACAUCUACGGGGGAGCGUCCGUCUCUUUGGGACUGCCGGGAUACCUCAUAGCGAGCAGCUUUGGGAAAUCUGCCACCACUGAUAAAGAGUUCUCCAAAGAAGACAUGGCUAAGAGCCUGCUGCACAUGAUCAGUAAUGAUAUCGGUCAGCUGGCCUGCCUCUACGCUCGACUGCACAACCUCACCAGAGUUUACUUCGGGGGAUUCUUCAUCCGAGGACACCCAGUGACCAUGCACACCAUCACCUACAGCAUCAAUUUCUUCUCCAAGGGUGAGGUGCAGGCUUUGUUUCUAAGACAUGAAGGCUAUCUGGGUGCUAUCGGGGCGUUUCUGAAGGGUGCGGAAGAAGACAAUCCUAAUCAGUACAGCUGGGGGGAAAACUACGCCGGCAGCUCCGGCCUCAUGAGCGUGUCUCCGGACCUGAAUCCAAUGCAGCGAGCGCGAAGUGGCACAUUUGACAUGUUGGAGAUGGAUCGUUUGGAGAGGCAGCUGGUGAACUUGCCUCUCCUGCAGGACCCUUCGUCUUACAUUCCCGACACUGUGGACCUCACCGAGGACGCUCUGGCUAGAGAGUACUGGCUCUACUGUUUUGAGGAAGCGCUGGAUGGGGUGGUGAAGCGAGCUGUGGCCAGUCAGAAAGACCAGCCCGAGGCCACAGAGAGGGCAGAGAAGUUCCGCCAGAAGUACAGACACAAGCUGCAGACAUUACGCCAUCAGCCAUUUGCUUACGGAUCCCUCACUGUCCGGAGUCUGCUCGACACCAGGGAGCAUUGUUUGAACGAAUUCAACUUUCCUGACCCCUAUUCUAAGAUCAAGCAGAAGGAGAACGACAUGGCGCUGAAGUACUACCAGAAGGUGGUGCAGUCUCUGGAGGAGCUGAGCUGGGAGCAGAGGCAGUUCGCUCUGAUCCGAGGCCUGCUGGCGGGCAACGUGUUCGACUGGGGAGCCAAAGCCGUGUCCGACAUUCUGGAAACUGAUCCGCAGUUUGGGUUUGAACAGGCAAAGCAGCAGCUGCAAGAGCGUCCUUGGCUUGUGGAUGCCUAUAACCAGUGGAUUGAAAGAUUGAAGGGUCCUCCUCAUAAAUGUGCGUUGUUCUUCGUAGAUAAUAGUGGAGUGGACAUCAUUCUAGGAGUUUUCCCCUUCGUAAGAGAGCUCCUCAUUCGAGGCACAGAGGUUGUUCUUGCGAGUAACUCGGGUCCUGCGCUAAACGAUGUGACUAACAGCGAGCUGCAGAUUGUCACUGAGAGAAUAGCCGCUAUGGAUCCUGUCAUUCAGGCUGGAGUUAAAGAGGACAGGCUGAUGUUAGUUCAGAGCGGAUCCAGUUCUCCCUGUUUGGACUUGAGUCGGUUGGACAAAGUCCUGGCCACUGUGGUGCGAGAGCGUGGCACGGACCUGGUGAUCAUCGAAGGCAUGGGCCGCGCCAUCCACACCAACUACUACGCCAUGCUGAACUGCGAAAGCCUCAAGCUGGCCGUCAUCAAGAACUCGUGGCUGGCCGAGCGGCUCGGCGGCAAGAUCUUCAGCGUGGUCUUUAAGUACGAAGUUCCUUCCAAAACUCAGGGGCAACAUUAACAAAACGUUUCUGACGCACACUCAUCUCAGCCUGGAGGAUAGGAUACGGCACGGUGAGCCACCGCACCCCUCCAGGACGUGUCGUCACGUUUGUGCCUCUGUGCCACUUCUUUGAGAUUGACACGAUGAUUGUAUACACGAUGGUAGAAUCAGUUUUUUUCAAUCCUGGUCUAUAAUUUUAAGCAGGUCCUGCUCAUCGCAUGUUCACGCCUGCUCUGAAAUCUAGUGCUUCUCAAACAACCGCUGUUGUUCUAUCGGGAUGGCAGGGUGAUUUCUUGGGGUGGGGGUGUGGUGGUGGUGUGUGUGUGUGUGUGUGUGUGUGUGUGUGGAGGCGGGGGAUUGUCUGAGAUUGAAUGUUCUCGAGACCCCACGGGAUACAGAAUGAAAUGACUUUAGAUUCAGCCCACGUGCUGGAGUCUUAGGUAAACUCAGUGGUGUUAAGCAAACAUCAAUUUAAAGAAAAAACACAAUAUAAAGUCAAUUAUUUUACCGAAGCACAGAUAUAAAAUAUUAACAGGCUUUGUAGUUCACAGUGAAUCUUAUUACACCAUAUUGGAUGGAGCUUUUGAGCAAGUGGUUCUUCUUUCUGUGUUCAGACAUUCAGUCGUUUGAGGUGAGAGCAUGAAAGUGGUGGAACAUUACAGGGCUAAUCGUGUUUUCUGGUAGAUGAAAUUUAAUGUAAUGUCUACGUAUGUGCCUUGAGUCAGUAUGGUGACCUGUUUUAAAUGACGGUGCGCCAUGAAGUGUGUGCGCGAAUCUUUUGCUGGUCAGAAAAGCAGUAUUUAAUUAGAGUCCAGCUUUAAAGGAAUACUCCAGCAUGCGUUUUCAACCUCACUCUCUAUGCAGCACAUCUGAAGAACUGAAGAAAAAAAUGUUAACAUGUUUCCCUGUAUUGAGAAAAAAAAAACUCCAAACUCAGUUAAAAUGGAGGUCUUGUAAGGACAGUGGUUAAAUUCAUUUAUACCACAGCGCUCUUGAAUUGUGAUCAUUGAUUCACUUGCACAGGAGCUUCCAUAGCGGAUGAGCAACAUAAUUUAAGGCUUGAUCGUAAUCUUAUUUAACAAAGUAAAAUGUCUAAUCAUUGACAUGGUGAAGCUUUCUGUGAGGAGAUGUUUAUGAAAGGAGUCUCCUGAGUGUCAGUUGCGCUUCCAGACAUGACAACCUGCUUUUUUUUUUUUUUUUUUUUUUUAAAUAAAUCUUUAAGAGAAAAAAAAAAAGAGGCUUGAGAGGGAACAACUGUUAAGUGAUGA